AUGGCGCCGGUACCGCGGCCGGGCAGCCUGCGCGAUCCCGACACGGCCGAUCUCUUCUACAAGCACGAUCCGGAGAAGACGUUCGAGGACCUGCGCGAAAUCGGCCACGGCAGCUUCGGCGCCGUCUACUACGCCCGAUGCCUGCUCACCAAGCAAAUCGUGGCCGUCAAGAAGAUGUCCUACGUGGGCAAGCAGAGCCUCGAAAAGUGGCAGGACAUCCUGAAGGAGAUCCGCUUCCUCAAGCAACUGAACCAUCCGAACACCAUCGAGUACAAGGGCUGUUAUCUGCGCGACAGCACCGCCUGGUUGGUGAUGGAGUACUGCUUGGGCUCCGCCUCGGACAUCAUCGAGGUGCACAAGAGGCCGUUGAAGGAGGACGAGAUCGCCGCCAUUUGCGACGGGGUGUUGCACGGGUUGAGUUAUUUGCACGAAUUGGGCCGGAUACAUCGGGACGUCAAAGCCGGUAAUAUUUUGUUGACGGAGAACGGUACGGUGAAAUUGGCCGAUUUCGGGAGCGCUUCCAUCAAAUGCCCGGCCAAUUCGUUCGUCGGGACGCCCUAUUGGAUGGCACCGGAGGUGAUUUUGGCAAUGGACGAAGGCCAGUACGAUGGGAAAGUGGACGUUUGGUCGUUGGGCAUAACCUGCAUCGAAUUGGCCGAACGGAAACCGCCCUAUUUCAAUAUGAACGCCAUGUCGGCGCUCUAUCACAUCGCUCAAAACGAACCGCCUACUCUGUCGAAACCGGAAUACGCGGACGUGUGGACCGAUACAUUCAAACACUUCGUAGAAGCCUGUCUACAGAAAAGUACAUUACAACGACCGACCUCGUCGAGGCUGUUGUCCCAUCAGUUCAUCACCAGGACGCGAUCGCCCAACGUGCUGAUCGAUCUGAUCCAAAGGACCAAAGCGGCCGUCAGGGACCUGGACAAUUUGAACUACCGCAAAAUGAAGAAGAUCCUGAUGGUGGAGAAUUGCGAAACGGAGAGUACCAUAGACGUAGACGAUACUCCGGACGAGCACACGGGCGGUGACAGUUCGAAGAGUAACUCCGUCACGUCGGAGCAGAGCGUGCAUUCGGUGGGCGUGUCGGCGAGCAGCCAAUCGAGCAGCACCAACAGUCUACCGGCCGGCGUCGAAGACGGCCCCCCGAACCGCCGCCCCCAGCACCGGCAAAUCAACCAUCCGACCGCCGCCGCCGCCCUCUGCGAUCACGGCACCAACAACUUCGCCACCAUCCGCACGACGAGCAUCGUCACCAAGCAACAGAAGGAGCACAUGCAGGAGGAGAUGCACGAACAGAUGUCCGGCUACAAGCGCAUGCGCCGCGAACACCAAAGCGCCCUGCUCAAGCUCGAGGACCGCUGCAAGAUGGAGAUGGAGGCGCACAAGAACCAAUUGGACAAGGAGUACGAGAACCUGUUGCAGAACUUCAGCAAGGAAUUGGAACGGUUGCAGGCGAAGCACCUGCAGGAGUUGGAGCGCAAGCACAAGCAGAAUUCGGCCGGCGAGAAGAAAUUGGUGAAGGACAUAUCGGGUAGGCAGGAGGCCGAUAGGAAGGCGUUCGACGCGCACAGGAAGAAGGAGUACAAGGCGAACAAGGAGCGAUGGAAACGCGAACUGUCGCAGGACGAUUCGACGCCUAAGAGACAGCGCGACGCCACGUUGCAAACCCACAAGGACAAUCUGAAGCUCGUCGACGCGCAGGAGGAGCAGCGCAUGCUCCGCUGCCAGAAGGAGUUCCUCGAACUCGAACUCCGCAAAUUUCGCAGAAAAAAGCUGAUGGCCUACCAUCAGCUCGAGCAGGAGCUGCUGCGCCAGGAGAUGAACAAGCGCCAGAACCAAUUGGAGCAGGCGCACGCCAUGCUGAUGCGCCACCACGAGCAAACGCAGGAGCUGGAGUACAGACAGCAGAAGGCCGUGCACGCGCUGAGAGAGGAACAGGUGAAGAACCAGCACGACACGGAGCUGGCCAAUCAGGCCGAGUACAUGAAGAGGACGGAGCGCGAGAUGCGCAAGAAGCACGCCUUGGAGUUGAAGCAGCAACCUAAAUCGUUGAAGCAAAAAGAGAUGCAAGUGCGCAAACAGUUCAGGGAAACGUGCAAGGUGCAAACGAAGCAAUACAAAGCCCUAAAGGCCCAAAUAUUGCUCAACACGCCCAAAGAAAACCAGAAGGCGGUCAUCAAGAAGCUGAAAGAGGAGCAACGUCGCAAAUUGGCGCUGUUGGGCGACCAAUACGAGCAGAGCAUCGCCGAGAUGCUGCAGAAGCAGUGCAUCAAAUUGGACGAAAGCCAAGAGUUGCAAUGCCAGCAAAUGCGCGAACGUCUUCGCUACGAAUUGGAGAUUCUGAUCGCCUAUCAGAGCAAAAAUAAGAUGCAGGCGCAGGCGCAGAGAGAUCGAGAGAAGAACGAGCUGCAGGAGAGAGUGGCCGUCAGACGGGCAUUGUUGGAACAGAAGAUGAGCGCCGAAAAUACGAGGUUCAUCGAAGAGAGGAGCGAAAGGAUCAGGAUAUUGCACGAUAAACAGGAGAAGGAGCUGGAGGAGUUCGACGACGAGUCCGUCACCUUGGGAUUUAGCGCCCUCGCAAUAGCGGAAAUGUCGUUGGGUUUGAACGAUCUGUCGAGGAACAGUUACGACGAUGACGGGAGUCUGUCGGGAUCGAUGCUCAGCCUGGCGCAUUCCAACAGCUCGGCCAGUUUUCCACCGAAUUCCGUCUGA